AGCACCCGGAAACAGGAGCAGCGUGGAGAGUCAGCCCAGCGGUGGCUAACAACUUUAGCAUAUAACCGUGUUGAAUGUUAUAUUAACAACAUGGAUAACACCACAGAGGGGACGUGGGAGAGUUUACCUGUAAAACUCAACGAGGGGAUUUUACAAACGCUCGAGGAAGUGAAGUUCACGCACAUGACACCUGUCCAGGCUGCUUGCAUCCCGCUGUUCAUGAGAAACAAAGAUGUGGCUGCUGAGGCGGUGACUGGGAGCGGAAAGACUCUGGCUUUUGUCAUACCUAUUAUUGAGCUGCUCCUGAAGAGAGAAGAGAAGCUAAAGAAGAUGCAGGUCGGCGCCCUGGUCGUCACUCCCACCAGAGAACUGGCUCUUCAGAUCAGUGAAGUGAUGAAACAGUUCCUUCAAAAAUUCCCACAGUUUACGCAGAUUUUACUGAUUGGUGGCACCAACCCCAUAGAGGAUGUGGAGAAGUUCAAGGAACACGGGGCACACAUAGUGAUUGCGACACCGGGCCGUCUGGAGGAUAUGUUCAGGAGGAAGGCUGACGGUCUGGAUCUGGCCAGCUCAGUGAAGGGUCUUGAUGUGCUGGUUCUCGAUGAGGCUGAUAGACUACUCGACAUGGGGUUCGAGGCCAGUCUGAACAACAUUUUGGGCUUCCUGCCCAAACAGAGGCGUACAGGCUUGUUCUCAGCGACUCAGACUCAGGAGCUGGAGAAGCUGGUGAGGGCCGGCCUCAGAAACCCGGUGCGCAUCACCGUCAAGGAGAAAGGUGUAGCUGCCACCUCUAUGCAGAAAACACCCUCCAGACUCUCCAACUACUACACUAUAUGUCGAUCAGAGAACAAGUUCAACCACCUAGUGACGUUUCUAAGGCAACACAAGCACGAGAAGAACCUGGUUUUCUUCAGUACGUGUGCCUGUGUGGAGUACUACGGUCGGGCUCUGGAGGUUCUGGUCAAGAAAGCAGAUGUCCACUGCAUCCACGGCAAGAUGAAAAACAAACGCAACAAGAUCUUUGCUGAAUUUCGGGCCCUGAAAAGUGGGAUCUUGGUGUGUACUGAUGUCAUGGCCAGAGGCAUCGAUAUCCCCGAUGUUAACUGGGUGCUGCAGUACGAUCCUCCCAGCAAUGCCAGUGCGUUUGUACAUCGAUGUGGACGUACGGCACGUAUCGGCAAUCAGGGUAAUGCCCUCGUUUUUCUGCUGCCAAUGGAGGAGGCCUAUGUCAAUUUUUUGUCCAUCAAUCAGAAAUGCCCCCUCCAGAAGAUGGUCCUCUCAGGAGAUGUUCCAGAUGUGCUGCCCAAAGUGAAGACUCUAGCUCUGGCAGACCGCGCCAUGUUUGACAGAGGCAUGAGAGCCUUCGUGUCCUACGUCCAGGCCUACGCCAAACACGAAUGUAGUCUCAUCUUCAGGUCCAAAGAUCUGGAUUUGGCCACCUUAGCCCGCGGCUUCGCCCUCCUCCGCCUGCCGAAGAUGCCCGAGCUGAGAGGGGAUACACUCCCUGAUUUUAAGGAGACGACAGUGGACACAGACAAAAUCCGCUACAAGGACAAGCAAAGGGAGAAGCUGAGACAGAAGUUGCUCCUCGAGUUGAAAGAUCAAGUGAAGAUCUCGUAUCCCAAAAAGAACUUCAUCAAGAAUAAGUCCUGGUCGAAACAGAGGAGCAAGAAGGAGCGCAGGGAAAAAAGGUCCGCCAAGAGGAGGCGUGACGAGGGCUCUGAUGUGGAGGAUGAAGAAAUGCAAGAGCUUUUAAAUGACACUCGCAUCCUCAAGAAACUUAAGAAAGGGAAAAUCACAGAGGAGGACUUCGAGAAUCAGAUAUCAGCUCAGAUCAGCGGACCAAAUUCAAAACACAAAGCAGGAGCAGCGACACAGGAGGGCUCAGGGGGCGAGGAUGUGUGAACAUCUGUGUUUCCACAUGUAAAAAGCAGAAAUCAAAUAAACGUUUGACAUGUGUUUACCUUU